GUUCCUAACAACUCCCAUGGAAGCUUUCUCCUCUAAAAUCCACGAAAACGUGCAAUCACAACCCUUCAAUGGAGUUCUUCAUCAAUCUAUCGUAUAUAAUUUAUGCUUCUUUCGUCUUCGCAAUAUUAGUUUAAAAUCGGAGAUCGUGCAAAUGGCCGGCAUAUGUUUCCUAAACAAUUAAGUUCCAUCACUAUCAAUGCCAGAUCUAUCCAGGGUUUUGCUCCAUGACUUCACCUAAAUCACUACACGAACACGUAGAAGAAGAAGAAGGAGAAGAAAUAUAUUUAUGUUCCUUAUUCAACAUGCGACAACAUCGCCGGGAAUAUCUCGGAACGCGGUUUCGCACCUCCUUCUUCAGUGACUGGUGUGUUUUUCUUCUUUCGUCACCAACAAUUACGAGUUUCUUCAAUUUCAGAUCCUUUUUUUUAUACAAAAAACCUGAGAGAUCUCUACAGCUCAUUGAAUCUCUGUUAUAUCUAUAAACAAAUGCAAUCUAUCUAUCUCUCUUUGCCUUCGUCAUCAAUAUCCAAGUUGAUCGUUUUGUUAUCAUUGAAAUGUGUUAGUUAACCUCUUUUCGGUUUCAAAAUUGACAAAAAUUAACAUCGUGUACAUAUAUGUGUAACUACGUUUUAAUCAUAUAGUAUAAAUCGUUUGGAAAAUUAAGAACAAAAUCGAUCAAAUCAAAAGUUGCAAUGGGAAGUUCGAUUGGUUUUUUUUAAUCUAAAAAUUAGCCAAAUGUAGGAAGAUUUUGAUCAUUCAAGAUCACAAUAAGUGGCUUGAAAUGAAGAAUGGAGUUUUUUAGAUGAACAAUUAACGAAUAUCCCCUUCUCAAUUCUCAAUGAUGCCCCUUCUGACACGUAUCCCUGUCAGCAUGUUGAUUAAUCUGAUUCAAACCCUAUGAAAGGUCACGUUAGCUGUAUUAGCACCUAAACAAACAUUCUAAUGAUUGUUUAUGACAUAAUCAAAUUCUUCUAUUUUAAUAUGAAUAUAAUAUGGUGAUUAAACAAACUAAACCAAUCAACUGACACAUAACCCAUCCAUAAAUAGCUUCUCUUGACACUUGUGACAUGACAGAUAACUCCAAACAUUUAUUCUUUCAUUUCUAUUUCUAUUUUCAACUAUACAAAAAUGGAAUCUGUGUCUACUCUUUUGGAAGGAGAAAGGAACUACUUUAGUGGAACAUAUGUUAGUGAAGAAGCUGAUUUCAUGGCACAAUUACUUGGUAACUUUUCAACUAAAUCACCUAAAACUUCCACCUUUGACGAUUCUUCUUCCUCUUCUUCUGCAUUUUGGUCACAAUCACACCAUGAAUCCACCAUGAAAGAUGAUUACGAAGCUUCAAUAUCCAUUUCAGAUAAUACAAACACCAAUAGUCUUCUUUUUCCCACUUCAAGUGGGGAAAGCUACCUCUCAAUCUCCUCUUCAGGGGGCAACAACAAAAGGGGUAUUUCCGUCAUUCCUUUUUUCUCAAAAAUGGAAGGAGAGGAAGCAACUGAGUUCGAUAACAUGACACCAAGUUCUAGGAAACGCUCUUAUAGCUUUGAUGAUGUUCAAAUGGGUUGGAAGAAGACAAAGUUUACAAGCAUGAAUGACUCAGAUGAUGACUCAAAUAGAUUGCAAGAUUUAAGUCCAAGACCACAAGGGGUUCCAAUGGCGAAUUCAAGUGGCAAGAAAAGAGCAAGUAAUGGCUCAGCAACCGAUAGCCAAAGUGUCUACGCGAAGAAAAGAAGAGAGAGAAUCAAUGAAAGAUUGAGAAUAUUACAGAGUCUUGUUCCUAAUGGUACAAAGGUUGACAUAAGCACGAUGCUUGAGGAAGCUGUUCAAUAUGUUAAAUUUUUGCAACUCCAAAUCAAGCUUUUGAGCUCUGAUGAUCUAUGGAUGUAUGCUCCUCUUGCGUACAAUGGUAUGGACAUUGGACUUGAUAUAACUCUCCCUUCUCCAAGAUAAUACAUGAUUCCAUGAUUCUACAUUUUGCCUUUUUUUAUUCAAUUUUUUGAGUCCAUAAC